CGGCGGCGGGAGCAGGGGGCGGGGCCUGUGGCCGGGCAGAGGUUCGCGCGCUUCGGGCCUAGUCCGGACUCGCCGCCGCCAUAUUCCCGCGGCAGCACCGCCACCUUUCUUCCUCGCGGCGCCCCCGGGGUCCCGGAGCCAUGUCGGAGGGAGUGGACCUGAUCGAUAUAUACGCGGACGAGGAGUUCAACCAGGACCCAGAGUUCAGCAACGCUGAUCAGAUUGACCUGUACGAUGACGUGCUGGCAGCCAGCUCACAGCCAUCUGACGACCGCAGCAGCAGCGCCGAGCCACCGCCUCCCAUCCGACAGGAGCAGUCUCCCAAGCCCAACAGCAAGUCGCCGGCGAUUCUGUACACCUACAGUGGGCUGCGGAAUAAGCGAGCCGCGGUCUACGUGGGCAGCUUCUCCUGGUGGACAACAGACCAGCAGCUGAUCCAGAUCAUCCGUUCUGUGGGGGUCUAUGAUGUCGUGGAGCUAAAGUUUGCAGAGAAUCGAGCCAAUGGCCAGUCCAAAGGGUAUGCUGAGGUGGUGGUGGCCUCCGAGAACUCUGUCCACAAACUGCUGGAACUCCUGCCAGGCAAGAUUCUCAAUGGGGAGAAGGUGGACGUGAGGCUGGCCACCCGGCAAAACCUGUCCCAGUUUGAGGCGCAGGCUCGGAAACGUGAGUGCGUCCGAGUCCCAAGAGGGGGAGUACCACCACGCGCCCACUCCCGAGAUUCUAGUGAUUCUGCUGAUGGACGGGCCACACCCACUGAGAACCUUGUGCCCCCGCCUCCCCGUGUGGACAAGCCCCCCAGUGUGCUGCCCUACUUCAGCCGCCCUCCCUCAGCUCUUCCCUUGAUGGGUUUGCCCCCACCACCCAUCCCACCCCCGCCACCUCUCUCUUCGGGCUUUGGGGUCCCUCCUCCACCUCCUGGUAUCCAUUACCAGCAUCUCAUGCCCCCGCCUCCCCGACUGCCUCCCCACCUGGCUGUGCCUCCCCCAGGGGCCAUCCCACCUGCCCUGCACCUCAACCCCGCCUUCUUCCCCCCACCAAAUGCUGCAGUGGGGCCUCCGCCAGAUGCUUACAUCAAGGCCUCUGCACCCUAUAACCACCAUGGCAGAUCUAAGUGCCACGGGCGGUCAGGGAUGGUGUUGUCUCCGUGCAGCCGAGAACUGGGCCCCCCACCCCCAACGGCGUGCGAAGCCGAGUUCGAGGAGAUCAUGAAUCGGAACAGAGCAAUCUCUAGCAGUGCCAUUUCCAAAGCUGUCUCUGGGGCCAGCGCAGGGGAUUAUAGUGACGCUAUUGAGACGCUCCUCACAGCCAUUGCUGUCAUCAAACAAUCCCGGGUCGCCAACGACGAACGUUGCCGUGUGCUCAUCUCCUCCCUUAAGGACUGUCUUCAUGGCAUCGAAGCCAAGUCCUACAGCGUGGGUGCCGGCGGUAGCUCUUCCAGGAAAAGACACCGGUCCCGUGAGCGAUCACCUAGCCGGUCCCGUGAGAGCAGCCGAAGGCACCGGGACCUGCUCCAUAAUGAGGAUAGGCACGAGGAUUAUUUUCAAGAAAGGAAUCGGGAGCAUGAGAGACACCGGGACAGAGAACGGGACCGGCACCACUGAGAAAGGAGUCUGGUUGGAAGUAAAUGUUUUUUUUAAUGGACUUGCAUCUCCUCACCUCGAUCAGGACUAAAGGACGGAGGCCGCUCCACCCCUUCCCCCUCCCCCAAGCCCCCAAUUCCCUCCAGACACCCAGGGAACACCCGAUGCCCCACCAGACCGAAGAGAGCUUGGCAGCCCUUCCUAGCUCUACCCAGGCCCCGGCAUGACCCCUGCUUGCCUAGGGAAAGGGCUGAAAGACUUGAUGGGGCUGGGAGGGGUAAGAGAACAGAAAGGGAAGAAUGUAGAAUGUGUCUGGGGCCAUGAUCCACAAAUGCUUGGACUCCAAAAGAACGGUGCUUUCUUUUUCUUGGAAA